UAGAUAUCCAACUACCUUUUGACCUCCACUUUUCAAUUAAAAAUAUCUACAAAACGUAAAGUAAAUUUUGUUUUUAAGAUUCUUAUAACUUUACUGAAUAAUUACGCAAUUAGGAUUUAUAACCACGUAGGCCUGGAGAACACAGAAUUACUUUUAAGAUUCAUCUGUGGGUUACAUAGUUCACUUACCGGAAUUGCAAUAGAGAAAUAUGUGAUUCCAUUGCAAAUUGCAAUGCGCGUACUGGUUUUUAUAUUACAAUGAUGAAGAGUCUAAUACUUGUACAAAAUGAUGACGAACUUCAGAGUCUAAUAAGUCUAAGACCAUAUAAUAUAAACUUAUCAUUUAAUUUUUCUGAACAACUAGCUAGGUGCCACUAGUGGACGUUUCAACGUCUUUGAUGAUAGUCGCGGGCCCUCUUAAUUAUAUUGGAGAAAAUCCAUAUACACUAUCGUUGCGAAUGAAUGAUCAAUUCCAAUAAUUUAUUCAAAAAAAUCAUAUUUUUGGUUCAGAAAUGUUUAUCAUCUAUAUAGACAGAUAUUUAAUGGGCCUCUGAGGGCUUGGCACAAUGACUGAGCCCAGAGUUUACAAAAAAAAAAUCACUGUGUUGUGUAGAGGAAUAAACACACAAUUUACAUGUAUUUUUCACAUUCCCAUUUUUUUGAAGUACAUUGAUAUUCCAUAAUGCCCGUGUGAAUACCAGGAUAUGUUGGUCAGGUACAUAUAACGUGAACAUAUGUUUAUCAUAAAGGGUGGUGAUUAGGUUGAAAACAGAGACUGCAUGAAAUAAUUACCCUUCCUUCCGAUCAUAUUCAAUAUUCAGCACACAGGAGAAGCUCUGUACGCAUUUUACAAAGUUUUUCAUUGUUUUUUUAAGUUUUUAUUCGUGAUGAGGUAUGUGGUGGUUGGUGUGUUACUUCUGAUCUCUUUGGUCGUCUUGGAGUUGAGCAAUGCCAUGGCACCUUCUGUUUCGUAUGAAUGGGUUGUCUCUUAUUCAGAACGUUCCAUCCUUGGAGCCAACAAGCAGGUUAUAGUGAUCAACGACAUGUUUCCUGGACCGAUCCUUAAGGCAACAGCAGGCGAUGUAGUAAACGUCAACAUUUUCAACCAUUUGACCGAACCCUUUCUCAUGACCUGGAAUGGGUUGCAAAUGAGGAAAAACUCGUGGCAAGACGGAGUUCGAGGGACUAACUGUCCUAUACUACCGGGAACAAAUUGGACGUACCGGUUUCAGAUAAAGGAUCAGAUCGGAAGUUACUUUUACUUCCCAACACUUCUGUUCCAAAAGGCGGCCGGAGGAUACGGUUCAAUUAGAGUCUACAGUCCAGAACUGGUCCCGGUUCCAUUCCCUCGGCCCGAUGGCGAGUUUGACAUCUUGAUCGGAGAUUGGUUCUAUACUGACUAUAGGGGUAUGAGAGCUUCACUUGACAAUGGUCUCAGUUUAGCAACUCCUGAUGGUAUUCUUUUCAAUGGGCAUGGACCCGAAGAAGCCUUCUUUGCAUUUCAACCAGGUAAAACAUAUAGGUUGAGAAUAUCAAACGUGGGUCUGAAGACAUCCUUAAACUUCAGGAUCCAGGACCAUGAUAUGCUCCUGGUUGAGACAGAGGGUUCGUAUGUUCAGAAACGUACCUUAUCAAACUUAGACAUCCAUGUGGGCCAAUCAUAUUCCGUUCUCGUCACUGCCAAAACCGACCCGAUUGGAAGUCACCGCUCCUACUACAUUUUCGCCUCAACCCGGUUUAGUAAUUCAUACAUGACCGGCUUAGCAUUAAUCCGAUAUCCCAACUCCCCCGUUGACCCGGUCGGACCAGUUCCCGCUGCACCGGAAUCGUGGGAUUACGCCUCCUCGGUUCGACAAACCCUAUCUAUUAGAGAGGACCUAGCCGUUGGAGCAGCAAGACCAAACCCACAAGGCUCAUACCACUAUGGACGCGUUAAUGUGAGCAGAACAAUAAUCUUACAAAACGAUGUCAUGUCAUCGUCGAACAGGCUCCGUUACACAGUUAAUGGCGUCUCGUUUGUCUUCCCCGAAACACCCUUAAAGCUCGCUGAUCACUUCCAGCUAAAGAACACGAUCGUCCCCAAUAUGUUCCCUACUUAUCCUUCCAACAAAACGCCACGUUUUGGAACAUCAGUGGUCGACAUUCGGUACAGAGAUUUCGUCCACAUAGUUUUCGAGAAUCCACUUGAUGAAUCGCAGAGCUGGCACAUCGACGGUUACAAUUUUUGGGUUGUCGGAAUGGGGUUUGGAGGUUGGUCUGAAAGCAAGAGAGCUGGAUACAACUUAGUGGACGCUGUUUCUCGGUCGACAAUUCAGGUUUUUCCAUAUUCGUGGGUGGCGAUAUUGAUAGCGAUGGAUAAUCAAGGGAUGUGGAACGUGAGAUCACAGAAGGCAGAGCAAUGGUAUCUUGGUGAAGAGCUUUACUUCAGGGUUAAAGGUGAUGGACAAGAAGAUCCUAGGAAUAUUCCGACAAGAGAUGAAUCUCCGAUACCGGAGAAUUUCCUCCGCUGCGGUAGAGUUCUCUGAUAAAUAAUUAAUUAAAAAGUAUGUGUUUAUGUAAUUUGUUAGUAUAAUGAUGGUUUAUACAAAGAACUAACAAAACAUUAAAUCAAAGUGUAUUUUAAAGAAAGGGUUUUAAUUUGAAGGAAUGGAUUUUAUCUUCA